CGGUUCAAAACAAACGGCCGCGGUCGACGAAUCGUGGGGCUCGCUCAAGGCGAGAUGGCGGAUGCCACCACGAGCCGCAUGACUCCCAGGGACGCCACGGGCCUUCUGCGCAAGGCGGAGCUGCGUUCGCCGCGCACCGCGGUGGUGGAGCGGCCGCCCAGGCCGCUGCCGGUGCCCGCGGUGGCCGCGGUGACCGCGGUGACCGAGGCCGAAUCCACGCUGAAGGAUCUGUGGAAGAUGCGAAAGGAACAGCCCAAGGAGUGGUUUCCGGGGCGUGAGUCCUGGACGGCGGAGAACUUGACCAAAGCACAGGCCCAACAGAAGACCAGCUUCAAAAUUCUGGCGACGCACAAGCUGAAGCACAUCAGGUCCAUUCAUUCGCCGCGGGAGCUGUACUCAGACCCACCAAACAUCAACAUGGAGAUUGGAUGGCACCUAAGUGAUGACGGUGUCCUACCCCGCCUGGCCACUGGCGCCACUCGCGUCUCCUAUCCCAAAUCGACGUGUGCCAUGACGAAGCAUCAAGACAACAUGUACACCACGCACACGCAGAACAUUAUCCGACGUGGUUAAAGAACAAGAGGUUGCGGCAAGUCAUGAGAUCUCACCUUUCUGGGGACGGUGCCCGUCGUUUCGUCUCCGUUUCCCCACGCGUUUCCCGGUGAACACCACCGGGACCUUUCGGGAGGAACACCAGACACUGUGGAAACAUAGCG